AUGAACCUGGACAUUUGCCGAGUCAGCCAGGAGUCGGUCUCCUCGGGGCCGGACGCGACGACGGACAAGAGAAUGUCCAGCCACUUGGACGGCAGCAUCCUGGGUAGCGCGGUCAAAGCCGUGCACCACCGAUUUUUCAGCUCCAGGUGCUCGAGCGAGUACUUCAAGAACAGUGCCACGCAGACGGAUUACACGGAGGUCGAGUGCCAGACCGAGCCCUGGGAGCCACCGUACAGGGUCGCGGAAGGUCACGAUCCGGAGGUCCUGACUCUGCAGUCGUUCGCAUGGGGCAACGAGUUGCCGGCCGGCGUCCACGAGGUCGAGAUCAUCAACCGGAUGAGAAUGAGAAGGGCCUGGGAGCUGGUUCUACCGCCGAUGGAUACUCCUUGCAACGUGAAAAAACGCAAGGUCAUCAUCACCGCCCUCGAAGAGGACGAGUGGGCCUUCAGAGAAUCUGAGAUACAAACGGUCAUGGACAUGAGGAUGGAGCUGGCGAAGGAGCUGAUGGAGUCGAGGGACGGCGAGAAGAGGUCCAAGGCCGAGAUCAGGUUCCGGAGGCUCGAGGAGAUACUCAGCAGACGCAGGCAGAAGGAAGCCAAGAACAUAAGGAACAAGUUGGCGCGCGAGUUGCGCAAACUCGUUGGCAGGCACUGCGAUCCCGGUGAAAAAAAUUCACGGCACAUCCCCGCCAAGCGAGGACCUAGCGCCGAGUACCACGUGAAACAGUGCUACGACUGUAACAGCCGCGUUGACGACAUCCGCGGGGACAACAAACCCAUGGACCCGGAUAUGCUUCGCGUUCCCAAGUGGCUGACCGACAAGCUGAACGACGCCACGCGCCAGUCCUCGGGGCCGUGUCGCAGGUGUCCCGAGAGGAAAGAUAGGUACCUGCUGAGGCUCAGCCAAGCUGUGGAACACCAUGGCAAGGAGAACUUGGAUGGACUGUCUCUGUUGAAGCGCGUCAAGAAGCCGCCUUCGAUGCCCCCAACGCCCCAGUUGUCUUGGCGGUUGUCGGAGCACUCCGAGAACAGGGCGGACGCCGCUGUGGAGUACCUGCAGGGACUGAUCAGCGGCCGGGCAGUUCAGUGCGAGUUCAUCGAGGGGAAAAAUCGAUGCGCGGAGCUGAUUGAGGAGCUGCAAGCGUCUCAAGCCGAGGAGACGGACGAGGAGCUGGCCGAGAAGUUGCGUAGGAAGCAGGAACAUGAGCGAGGGGUCGCACAGGAGAACAGAGCCAGGGAGAUACUACAGGCGCUCGAGGGCAAGACCAUCGCAAAGAUGCUGAUGUUCCUGAACGACGAGCUGACGAGGCUCGAGAGCGAGAAGAAGAGCCACGCGCUCGUGCUGUUGGCCGAGCGCGAGAGGAUGAGGCACAAGAUAGAGCAAGCCUGCCAGGAGCAACUCGAGGCGAACCGGCGUCGCGAGCUGGACGAGAUGUAUCGGCAGAUCUUGAAGGUCAACCAGGAGUCCGUGCAAAUGUACCUCGAGGACGUGCUCAAGGAGGGAGUGGAGUGGGCCUCGGAGAAGGAGGCCGAGAAUUACGUGCACGAGCUGGCGAACAAGGUCGACGCGAUGGCCAAGUACAUGGACGACAACAUCGACAAGAUUGACGAGGAGGGUAUGGUCGCGGACAUGGUUUACAACUUUGUGCUGCCUCGAGUGGCGAAAGAGUUUGCGGCUAGGGAGGAGCGCGAGAAGCAGGAGGGCUAUUUGCGCGCUGCUUGCGCGGCUGUUUACGACGAGAUCGGCAAGACCGAUGAGGCUGGCGUUGGUGCUUCUUGUCAAUCGGCAAGUCUCCUCUCGUGUCCUGUUCCUUUGUGA